AUGGCUGUCGUUAUACCUCCAAAAGGAAUCCUCCAGACUGAGGCUCUAAGAAAGUACAUAUAUGAAACUAGUGCAUAUCCUGGGGAGCAUGAGCAACUAAAGGAGCUACGAGAAGCAACGGCAAAAAAAUAUGGCAACUUAAGUGAGAUGGCUAUACCAGUUGAUGAAGGGCGUUUCCUAUCAAUGCUUAUGAAAAUCAUGAAUCCCAAGAGGACUUUGGAGGUUGGUGUCUUUACAGGCUAUUCCCUCCUUUCCACUGCACUCGCCUUGCCAAAUGAAAGCCAGAUAACAGCGAUUGACAUAGAUCGAGAAGCUUAUGAAGUUGGAUUACCAUGCAUUCAAAAGGCUGGCAUGGAGAAUAAAAUCAAAUUCAUUCAAGCAGAUGCCAUCUCAGUUUUAAAUGAAAUGCUAAACAAUGAUAAGCAGCCAGAAUUUGACUUUGCGUUCGUAGACGCUGACAAGCCUAACUACAAGCAUUAUCAUGAGCAAUUAUUGGAACUGGUUAAGAUUGGAGGUGUGAUUGCUUAUGAUAACACACUGUGGUUUGGCAUGGUUGCAAAAGAAGACGACGAGGUGCCAGAGCAUUUGAGGACUGUCAGGACAGUCAUCAUGGAAUUCAAUAAACUAAUAAGCUCCGAUCCCCGUUUAGAGAUUUCCCAAGUUUCCGUUGGUGAUGGUGUUACACUAUGCAGGCGCCUUUACUGAAAAUUUUACAUCUAGAAGACCUCCUCAAU